AUGAUGGGAUACGGGGGUCAUCAGUAUCAUCAUCAGCGCCAAUCACAGCAAAAUGCCCAUCCCCAGCAGCAGCAGCAUCUGCAAUCGCCAUCGCUGAGCGGGGCCGCUGCGCAUUCAGUCCAUGGCAGCAAUGGCAUUGCUGCCAACAGUUCCCUGCUCCGGGGCCAGCAGCAGUCAGAUCUGGCGAGUAAUUCGCCCGAUCUGAGGAAGAUGACUCCCUCGUCGUCGGCGUCGAUGGUCGGGUUUACCGCGGGAGGCGGCUAUGGCACCUACGGUCAUUAUGCGCCUCAGGGUACUUCAGAUCUUUUGUCCAGGCAUACCGACUCCGUCGGUCAAUUGAAAGAUCCGUAUCUCUCGCAGAUACAGAGUUUGCAGAGGAACAUGAAUCCCAUGGCAAACUUUCGUCCGCACCCAGCCAUGAACCCUCAAGCCGCCAUGUCGCCACAUGCUCAGGCGAUGAGUAUUUCGUCUCCGCAGCAGUCCUACGAGAGGUUGCAACAGCAUCCCCAUCUGCAGCACCGGCAGACAUCCCAUACGCAUCCCUCUGUGACUUCGCCUGCUGCCGCGUCGCCCAUGCUUGCGACUACUCAACCUCAACAAACUCAGCAUCAGUACCAGCAAGCGCAACAGCAGCAGCAACCACAGUAUCCGCAAUCCUCACAGCAGACCGCGUAUCAACAGACCCAGGCGCAAGCAUCUCCGUACCAACAGCAUCAGUCGUCUCCGUUUCAACAGCAACAGGCGCAGGCAUCGCCAUACCAGCAGACGCAGCAGACUUAUCAGCAGCAGCAAGCUCAGCAGACGUAUCAACAGCAACAGCAAGCUCAGCAGUCACGGUACCAGGCACAGCAACCGCAGCAGCAUCAGUUCCAACAGUAUCCGUAUCAGCGGUACCAGCAGGCUCAACAGGCCCAACAGGCGCAUGCGCAGCAAGCACAACAGACACAGGUACAGCCAACACAGUCAGCACAGCAUGUGCAGCAGCAGGCUCAGCAGACUCAGCAGCACAACCGCCCGGAAGCGACACAAACGCAGCAGUCGCAACAACCGCACGAGCAAGCAGUGCAGCAAGCAUUGCAGCAGCAUCGCCAGGCUCAACAGCAAGCCCAGCAACAUCAGAGACAGUCCCAGCAGCCGAGUCCCUUCGCUCAGCAGGCACAGCAACAUACGCAGCAAGCUCAAGCGCAGCAGACGCAUCAGUUCCAUCAGCAGUCGCAGCAUCCGCAGCCACAGCAAAAGCAAGCGACGCCGUCAAUCCAACCGGCGGCUUUGAGCGGAGCAAAACCUGCAACUCAAGAACCCAGAAAGGAGGAAACGAAACCAACGAAGAAGCGCGCUAGACAAUCCAAGGCCGCAGCCGCAGCCGCAGCCGCUUCUGCGUCUCCUGCGGUCGCUGCAGGCAAGAUCAACGGAACGACACAACCAACACAGGCCGCCUAUCGUCCCGAGGCUCCAUCGCCUAUUCAAUUCGUACCUCAGCAUCCGCGCCUUCCACAGACUCAAGCUCACGCUCAGGCCCACGCUCAGACGCAGGCGCAGGCUCAACCCUAUCCCCAAGUCCAACCUCAGCCCCAGUUUCAACCACAAGCUCAGGUGCCUAACCCGCUGCAGAACCCCACAGCUAUGCAAGGCCAGAGCCAGGGUCAAGGCCAACCGCAGACCCAAGGCCAGACGCAGAGUCAACAGCAGGGUCCAGCCCGCCCAGCGAAUGCAGCGGGCUCAGGUGCUCCUGGUGCUCCAGGUGCUUCACAGCAACCUGCUCCUACACCCCGGAAGCGCGGCCGUCCACGGAAAAAUCCCUUGCCCGAUGGAGCACAGCCUCCAAAGCCUAAGCCUAAGAAAGCCGCUUCGACCGCUGCGAGUGCACCCGCCCCGGCCGCCGCUGGUGGUGCUCCGGCCGGCACAGCCGUUCCCGGUCAAGGUCCCAAUGCUGCCCCUGGCGCAGCUACCGCUCCAGGUGCUGCCCCGGUUCCAGGUCCUGAUGGUACUGUCCCUGCCGUUCCUGUGAAGCGAGGCCGCGGACGUCCCCGUAAAUCAGAGACAGCCCCAGGCACAACCCCCAAACCCAAAACACCGCGCAAGCCAUCCACCACGAAACCGGGCGGUACUGGUCGGCCACGCGGUCGUCCUCGCAAGGCCGACGUGGAAGCACGGAAGCGAGCCGAAGCCGAAGCUCAAGCCAAAGCCGAGGCAGAGGCGCAAGCCCAGGAACAGGGACAAGGACAGGUGCAAGGACAGGGACAGGGACAGGGACAGGGACAGGGACAGGGACAGGGACAGGUGCAGGUUCAACCUCAGGCCCAGCCACAACCACAAGCGCAGUCGCAGGCCCCGGCUCAACCUCAAAUUCAGAUUCCCGUGCAGCCUCAGCACCACGUCCAGCCGUCACCUCAGCCUCAGCCUCAGCAUCUUCAGCAUCAGGCGUCUCCGCACCUGCACGCGCACGCGCAUGCUCUUGCAAACCCGCAUCAGCAUGGCCACCAGCAACAACAUCCGCACCAACAGCACCAGCCGUCGGAUCCCAUGAUGUUGAACCCGCCCCAAAAGCGCGGCCCCCCGAUGGACGGGAACGACCCGCGCAAGCGCGCCUACCUCAUGCCUCAUCAGCUGGCGCAGAUGGCACCACAGCUGCAUCCACAGAUGCACCCCCAGAUGCCCCCGCACAUGUCGCCUCAUAUGCCUCAGCAAAUGUAA